AUGGAACCAAAGUUUGUUAAUUUCGAGACGAAUAUCGAUGAAUUUAUUGGAAUUGAUAAAGAAUUUGAACAGUGUUUAAAAUCCAUUAAUUCUGGUAACUUUGAAGAACAAAGAAAAGCAUUCGAACA